AUGUCCCUUUGCAGACACGCCGAAGCUGGUGACCAUGAACAGCACGGAUGGCCAUCUUCCACUUACGGUGUGUCCAAGUUGGCUCUGAGUAAGGCUUGUUACAUCUUGGGCGAUACCUUGAAGAAUGACCCUCGACAUAUCGUGAUGAAUGCGUGUUGUCCUGGCUAUGUGGACACUGACAUGACUAGUCACAAGGGAAAGAAGACGACGGAACAAGGUGGGCUUAUUGACAUCAGAUUCCCAGCUUUUAUGAUCACUCAUUAA